AACAAGAUGAAAUUAUUCUUGCUAGCUGUUUCAACAUUACUUUUACUGAAUCCCAUCAGUGGAUUGGCUACCCAUAGCGACAAAGAAAAAUUCUGUAAUUUUUUGGAAGGCGUUGAGCAUGAUCGUCUUGGGUUGGCAGAUACUUUAACGGACAAAGCCUUGGAAGUCGCAGAAAAAGUUAUUAAGAAAUUAGGAAGAAAUUCAAGUUUUGAGAAAUUCAUUAACGACAAUUUGGUGGAAUUGAGUAUUGCUAUUCCGGAACAAAAGAUUGAGUUUCUUUUGAAGUUCCGUUGUAACUUCAAGAAAAUGAUCCUUUGUAAUCGAAGCUAUAGUGGCAACCCGGAAUUCCGAAAUAUCUACAACUCAUACAAAUCAGAUAGCAAUAAGGAAAUAGCGAAAUUCGAUGAACUACUCACCAGAGAUGCAUAUAAAAUGCUGAUGUUUAUGCGAAGCACUUCAACCUCAACCAAAGAUGAAUUCAAUGACGCUCUCGAAACUUAUCUGAAUCGUAAAGGAGUAAAUGCUCACUGCAUGAUGGAUCGUUUUCUUAAGCUGAAAUCCAAGUACGAAUGCACUUAUCAAAUGACGUACCUCUAAAAUAAGAUUUAUAACCGUAUAUAUUUAACCAGCCUUUCGAAAAUAUUUCACGAAAUAACGUUUAAAUUUGAUCGCUGAUUUUUAAAAUGAUUUUACAUCAAAUAAUCUGUCAAAUUUUUACAUGAUUUAAUUGACUUAUAAACUUGAAAGUUGUUUAAGCAAACUUAAAAGAUUUAAUAAAUCCAAUUUUCCGGCAAUCAA